AUGGCUACCAAGACAACAAUACACAGCCAAACUUAUGGUUUGUCCCUAGUCAAGACAGCACCACCUCACUUACCUGAAGACAUUGUCCGGCAAGUUAUCUCACUCCUCCCCACUAAUUCCGCCUUUCGCAUGAGCUUUCUUUCAAAGCAAUUUGAAGAUGUGUCGUCUUUUCUCCCUGUGCUGGAUCUUGACGAGGGUGACGAUGAAGCAAACCUCAACGAGCCAAUUCAAGAUGUGAAAUUCACCAACAUCUUAGAGAGGUAUCUGAAAUUUCGUGAGAAAAACUGUAAACCCUUGAAUAAAUUUAGGCUUCGCAUGGCGAUGGACACUGUCAGAAAAGACAUUGUACAAAAGUUAUUACGGAGUUUUGCAGCUGCAAAUAGCAUCAACGAUGAGUUGGAUCUCAGCCUGAGAAGUGAACCUAGAGGCUACUGCAUAAACUUGGCCCUUCUUAAUCUCAACUCUUUAACUACUUUAAGUUUGGAGUAUGUCAGAAUAAAGGGUCUUCAUACUUGUUCUCUUCCCUCUUUGAAGACUAUGUCCCUCAAAUCUAUACACUGGUCUGCACCAUCAAUGUUUUCGGCACUACUCUCUAAGUGCCCUUCUAUUCAGUAUUUGUCACUGACUUCAUGUGGUCUUUGGGGAUCCAUCAACGUUUCAAGUUCUAGUGUCAAGACCUUGGAAAUUAGAGACUGCGAUUUUCAGCGUAUCGACGUGCAUGGAUCUAAUCUCAAGUAUUUUACAUUAGUUUCGGAAUAUCCAGAACUUACGGUUGUUGGUUUACAUGAGUGUGAAAAUUUGAAAUAUAUGAACAUUGAUGCAAAGCACCUGCCAGACUUUGGGUUAUACGGAUGCACAGAUUUUGUGAUGGCCAUAAUGGAUGCUCCAAAUCUUGAUCGUUGUAAUGGUCAAGAACUUGGUGGUAUGAAUGGAAGGUUUAUAUUGAGUGAUUUCCAAUGGUCUAGAGGUAUGCUGAUAGGGAAGAAGCAAUGUUUCGACCGAAUUAGAAUGAGCCUGAACAGUUUGUGA